AUGGGGGACUGGUCAAUUCUGGGCCGCUUUCUAAAAGAGGUUCAGAAUCAUUCGACAGUCAUCGGUAAGAUCUGGCUGACGGUGCUUCUGAUCUUUCGCAUCCUGCUGGUGAUCCUUGUUGGAGACGCCGUGUACAGCGACGAGCAGUCCAAGUUUACCUGCAAUACACUGCAGCCGGGCUGCAACAACGUCUGCUACGACACUUUUGCCCCUGUCUCACAUUUGCGCUUCUGGGUCUUCCAGAUUGUGCUGGUCUCAACACCUUCCAUCUUCUACAUCAUCUACGUGCUGCACAAAAUCACCAAAGAUGAGAAACUGGAGACAGAGAGGGUCCAGGCAGCGGCUAAGCACUCCGUGGGAGACUAUUCUGGGCAGCUGGAAGGGGACGGUGUCAGACUGGGAUAUGGACACCAGGGAGAAGAAUGGAGUGGUCAGGAUGAAGAAAGCGUGGAGCAAAGUCUCCUGCAGGAUGAUUUUGGUGAGGUCAGCAAGGAUCCAACCACACUCUCCAGUCAGGUUCUCCUCAUCUAUAUUGUUCACAUCUUGAUCCGCUCCGUCCUAGAGAUCAUGUUUCUUGUCGGUCAGUACUACCUGUUUGGAUUUGAGGUGCCUCAUUUGUUUAGAUGCGAAACGUACCCUUGUCCGACACGGACUGAUUGUUUUGUGUCGCGGGCCACUGAAAAGACCAUUUUCCUUAAUUUUAUGUUUAGCAUUAGCCUGGGUUGUUUUCUCCUGAACAUAGUGGAGCUUCACUACCUCGGAUGGAUCUACAUUUUCCGCAUGUUGUGUGCUGCCUGCUUCCUGUGCAUCAGGCCAGAGAGGGAGCUGUAUUCUCAACGCAACCCUUUGCUGCUACGCCUCAGACACUCAAUGCGGAGCAGGCUGGUCCUGCAGUCCCCCACAACCACCUUGUCUGAGGAAAAGACGAGAAUGGCUUUGCUUUCACAUGGCCCAGCCAUUUCCUUUGAGACUGACUCUACUCUUGAAUGCACCUCAAAGAGGAAUCCAAAGAGGGAACGCAUGAGGCUGAAAUUAGCCAACAUGGCUAGAUUUACUGGCAAAAAGUCCUAGUUGUAAUGUCUAUUGAUGGUUUUUAUUUUCUCUUGUUAUAUAAGCUCAUUGUAAAUUUCAGUUUGAGGCCCGUUUCACACACCCUGACCAUAUUAACAAGUAACAGCUUUCACAAUGCAUUUGGCAGUUCUGCGUCCAAGAAGAAGCAC